AUGAAGCAGUUGGUUAGUAAUCAAGCUGAAACAAACACUAGCAUACAAAUGAUCAGGGAUGACACCAAGGCUUUGAGUGAGAGGUUGGAUCAGAUAAACGGGAAGGUGGAGAUCAACAUUAAAAAUCAGUGUGUUAACUUCAAGGAUCUCGAAAGUAGGAUGGCAGCUCUUCCUAGGCCCACGGGGACUUUUCCUAGCAACACACAGCAUAAUCCUAGACCUCAGUUCAAUGUGCAGGAUGAAGGGAACGAUGAUGCUAUUGUUGAUGAAGAGAUAGAGAUGGAGGAAGAUACGACCGUGAAGACUCCGAUCACUCCUCCAAAACCGGUUGUGGUUGCUGAGGUUAAACCUUACAAGCCAAUGAUACCAUUUCCUCAGAGGUUGAAGAAAACAAAGUUGAAGGAGCAAUAUAACAAGUUUGUGGCUUCCUUUCUUAAUGCCGAGUGUUCUGCUAUCUUGCAGAACCGUAUUCCACCAAAGCUUAAAGACCCAGGGAGCUUCCUUAUCACUUGCUCUAUUAGAACUCUUACUUGUAAAGCCCUAGCUGAUUUAGGGGCUAGUAUCAAUUUGAUGCCUUACUCGGUUUAUACCAAGAUGGCCUUGGGAGUCCUUCGCCCUACUCGCAUGAGUAUUAGACUUGCUGACCAUUCGUUUCAGUAUCCCAUUGGGAUUGCUGAGAACAUGACUGUCCGAGUAGGCCAUAUUGUUUUUCUAGUUGACUUCGUUAUCCUCGAGAUGGAGGAAGAUACGAAGGUCCCUCUUAUUCUUGGACGCCCAUUUCUUAAAUAUCGCGGAUGCGAUCAUCCGUGUGAAAGACAAGGAAAUCUCUUUGGGCGUGGGAACUUAUAG